AUGCUGCCUUCGGAAAUGGACCCUGCGCCAAGCAAUGAGGAAAACAUCAUGGGGGUUGUGCGUUGCAUGCACGUCAAGGGAAGUAGUCGCAACCCGUUCGUGGCGUACAAGAAGCGAUUUUGGGUCGUGGACCAGACACAGGGCCGGCUGGAAGUCUACAAGAAUGACCAGGAACCCUUCCCACUGACAAAGUACUCCGCCUCGGAGGUGCGAGGAAUCGUCUUAUCGGGGUGCAAGCAGAACAAAUUCUACGGUCUCGUCUUGCAUCUGCGACUCUCCGCAAGCAUUCGGUUCCGAUUUAACUCAAUGACCGAGCGGGAUCGCUGGUACGCGGCCAUCACGCGACUCAUCGAACAUUAUGCCGCCUACAACCGCGACCAAAAUGUUUUGCGUGUUGCCCAGCGACGAACAAUGGCGGCGGAGCGUUUGCUCGGUGUAAGCAUUACGCUAGCCAUUGCAUGCCUGAGUGAAAUCCCCGACGAUCUUUUGCAGUACCUGGUUGAGGCAGUGGACGUGGCGAUUGACACCAUCUCCGCGGUGGUUCACAAAUAUGGCAGUGAAAAUGACAUUCCGCGGCGAUACACUCUCACGGUGGCAGCUGCUGGGCUGCAGCCCAACACUGGGCCACAGUAUGAUCCCACCACGCGCAGUCUCGUUUUGAACGUGGCAAUUACCCGCGAUUUGGUGGGGAAUGUGCGCUUUCAUGUUGCGGACUCAGGUGACAUUAUGAAAAUAACCCAAUCUCAUGUCUGGCGAGACCCUUGCAUUGAGGGAUGGCUUACCACGAACGAAAGCUGUGUUGCCGUGUGCCGUGAGAUCGGCGAGUUGCUAGGACUCAAGAAACCCUUUCCCUUCACAUUUCAGUGGAGGGAAAACUUGAGGGACACGGCGCGUGUGGAGCGAUACCUGCGUCGUUACGUACACGAGGAUUUUUUGAGAGAUGUGCAGCGUCAGAUUGUGGAGGUGGCAGAAGACUUUGGACGUUCCGAGGGUGCGGCGGACGACUCCGUGUACAUCAAGUACAUUGGAGACUACGUCUCCGGGAUAGGCAUUACACUUGACGAGAAGACGGUUAACGCUGGUAAACCACCCAAUUUGCUUGUGACGACGACGGUUGAAUAUCAGCAACGUUGCAGGCAUGCUGUGAUGAUGAUAUCCAAAUACCGUGAGGCCUAUCCGAAAUCGCGUGUUAUGGUUAUGUCAUUGCGUGACGAGCUUGUAAAUCUUAUUCUUCUUGCGGAGCUUAGCAAGCGGAUGAGCGAAGUUAGAGCCGCCUUUUCGCAUGCACUGGGGGGAAACGGGCGUGUCAAGAUUAUAUGGGGCAAUCUCCUCCUCGCCUGCGCAAAAGUUGGUGUCCCGCUGCUGCUUCGCAAUUUGUCACAUCUAGUGCUUUCAUGCAGCAACAUUUACUUGGGCCGACUGGAGAGCCUUCAACAGCUUUCGACUGGGUUUGCAUCCUCCAAUGAGGUUUAUAGUCCUCUCUUUGGAAUGAUAUUUAAAAAUAUCUCUUCCAUCGUCGUGGACUUUGUCCCGUUUGUGGUUGGGACGACGAAAAGUCUGCCCGAUCCACAGAUUCAGCAGAACAUUUUGACGGAUUACAUUCUUUGUUCAACAGAAGAGCAUCAAGCGGCAAUGAUGGACCUUGUUAGCAAAUGGCGUGUUGCGCCGCAGGCCAAUCAUGCAUACGCAGUCGUGUCAGAGUUGAUUAUUUUUCCCUCUAUGCCUGUUGCCAUGUUUAAGGAUUGGUGUGAGGAGAAACUGGGCGAUAUCCCAGAACCAGGCAGUAAUCUCGGCAAUGCCAGUGACUCAAGUUCGUCGUGGUCUUCCACCUCGUCCUAUAUCUUGGGAGACGCGGUGGCAUUUGAGCGUAGUGCAGAAACGCAGGUUCUUGACAUGCACCGGGUGGUGAGUUUGGUGUACGACUCCCAAGGUGCUUCUGUGAAUCUGAAGAUUGGAGCCGACGCCAUCAUUGACGCUAUCCAUUCCCUUGAGGCGGCCUUUGAGAAUCGUCGUAUUCGCAAACAUGACUUGGUGCGCGUGCUGGUCUCCAAUUUGCGUCGGCUUCGCUUCAUGUAUAGCUACAGCAUUAGAGGAGAGAUGACAACCUCGCUGGACCUUCCCUCCGCCGUGACGUUGCUGUAUGAAUUAUGUGAAUACGAAGAGAGUGUGGCGGGGAUAGAGGAAUGGCUGCGCGAGAGUGCGAUGCAGCGGCAGCGGCAAGUCCACUUUGCAUCGGGGACGGAACCAUUCGCGGAAAGCAGCGACGCCUCACCCGACUUGUUGGGGCAAAUUUAUGACUUUCAGUGUGUAUCGCGGGUGGCGCUGAACCACUUGCUGCCGCUUGAGGCAAAGAUCGCCCGGCGGGGGUGGCGUGUGGGUUUGGUGGCCGGCCUGGAAAACGUCGGUAAGACGCUUAUACUGAACUCCAUAAAGGGUCUUGUGCAAUCCACGGUUCCGACGGUUGGACUUUCACGGCAGGUGGUGGCCUUUCAGGAAUGGAUAUUUGCCAUGAAUGAACUUGGCGGCCGUGAGACGUUUCGAGGGAAUUGGCGUUAUUAUGUGGAACACAUGAAGGAGAUUGAUUUUUUGUUUUUUGUGGUGGACAGCAUGAAUAGGCGCGGUCUAAAGGAUGCCGCGGCCUAUUUGCGCGUCGUCACUGAUCAUUUUACCACUGUGCCACUUGUCGUUGUGUUUAACAAUUACCGCGAGGGGUCCCGCGGGACACCCUCUCUGAUGGAGUUGCAGGCAGCUAUCAAGUUGGACGGGGUGCGCCACCGCCGGAAGGAGCGCAGCGUCAUUGUUGGAACCUGCGACAUCACCGUGGUCAGCUCCGCCCACCGCACUCUGCCGCCGACGCUCUUGUCUGCUCUAAAUGAGCUCAGCGCGUACCUUCUCCAGUGUUCGUCGCCAGAGCGUAAGCCCGUGCAACCCAAGGCAGGCGGCACCGCGGAGAGCAUGCUGACAAGGUUGUCAUCGUCGAUUGCAUGGCGGCUUUGA